AUGCCUACAGGAAUCAACUGUGCAGGGAAUAAAUGUUAUAGACUGACUGCAGUUUGUCUACUGCUGACUGCAGUCACAGUGCUGUGGAUCAAAGUCACCAUCCUAACUACAAACACCAACCAACUACAGACCAGUUACAACACCCUGAUUAUAGAGAGAGACCAAGACCAGUUACAGACCAGAUACAACACCCUGACUAUAGAAAGAGACCAGUUACAGACCAGAUACAACACCCUGACUAUAGAAAGAGACCAGUUACAGACCAGAUACAACACCUUGACAAUAGAGAGAGACCAGUUACAGACCAGAUACAACACCCUGACUAUAGAGAGAGACCAAGACCAGUUACAGACCAGAUACAACACCCUGACUAUAGAAAGAGACCAGUUACAGACCAGAUACAACACCCUGACUAUAGAAAGAGACCAGUUACAGACCAGAUACAACACCUUGACAAUAGAGAGAGACCAGUUACAGACCAGAUACAACACCCUGACUAUAGAGAGAGACCAGUUACAGACCAGAUACAGUACAACACUUUGA